UGUUAACCAAUUCAAAAAGUCAGACAAUGUUUACAGAAGUAAGUCAAGAAGAUCUUCAACCAUGUCUACUAUCACUCAAUCUGAUUUGACAUUGGUGAAAAAUUAUAACCGUCUAAUUGCCAAUGAAUUAGUGCGGGGGAAGUUUGCUGUGAAAAAUGCCGGAAUGUAUGCUUUUGUAUUUGACAAUUCAUUUUCAAAGACCACUUCAAAGAAGAUCACAUUUAGUUCUAAUGUCAUUCUCAAGCCCACAUCCAUUGCAAGCAAGGCUGUUCCUGUGGUCGAUAUCACUCCUCCCAAGGACAUUGAUAACAUCUUUGAAGUUACCACUUCUAGACAAAGCGGUGAAGUGUUGCAAAGUAUCAUGUUAAAAAAGAGAAGAAAAAAGAUGCAAGGGUUUACCAAGAGAUACUUUAUUUUGAAUUUCAACAAUGGAACCUUGUCUUAUUUCAGAGUUAAAGAUAACAUCCUCCGUGGUCAAAUGCCAAUCAAGGAAUCUAUUAUUUCAGCAAAUCCAAGCUCUCGAGAAUUUAUUAUUGAUUCCGGAAUGGAGGUUUGGCAUUUGAGAGCAAUCAACAAUGCCGACUUUAAAGCUUGGGUUGAUGCAUUUAAUUCCAUAAAGCAAGAAGUCUUGAAACGUAAAGAAGAAGAAGUUAAGUCAAUUAAGUCUGAAGUGGAGAAGCCGCUCUUGGUGGAAUUACAGGAAUUACAAGAAAAAUUAGCCCUUUUGAAAGCCCUGCAACCUUCGAACUUAAUUGAUGAAAUCACCCAAGAUCUUUCGUCGAUUAUUGGACGCAGCGAUCGUGAGCUGCCACCUGCAGCUUCUAAUGGAUAUGAUGAACGUUCUAUUUUAUCUUCCGAGUUUUAUGAUGCCAUGGAAACUUUUGAAGAUUAUGGAGUGGUUAUUAUAGAAGAUGAAGGAGAAAAAUCAGUUCCCGAAGAUGAAUUUGUUGACAACUUGUCAGUAUCCAGUUCUGAAGAAGAAGAGCUUGAUCUUGUGGAAACUCCUAGACAUGCUCUUGAAGCAGCAACUACCAUCACGGAAUCCACAGAAGAAGAAGAUUUAUACCCAUUGCCUCACGAUCCAGUUGCUAGAGAUUCAGAUAUUCCAAUUUGCACACAUAGUCCACCUUCUAUUAUCAGUUUUGUUCGUAAGAAUGUCGGGAAAGAUUUAUCUGCUUUAGCCAUGCCAGUAACUUACAAUGAACCAACCACGGCUUUGCAGAAAUACGCUGAAGUUAUAGAAUAUCCUGAAUUAAUUACCAACGCAUUAACUCAUUUUUCUGAUCAACAAGGAGAAAAGAUUUUGAGAGUUGCAACAUUUGCAUUAAGUUAUUUGUCGGCUGUUAGAUCCAAAGAAAGAAAUAAACGUAAACCCUUCACUCCAUUAUUAGGAGAAACUUAUGAAUUGGUCCGUGAAGACCUUGGAUUUAGAAUGAUAUCUGAAAAAGUUUUCCAUAAACCUCCUGUAUUUGUUCAUUAUGUUGAAUCUGAACAUUGGACCCUUAAAUAUGCAUUGUCACCAACUCAAAAGUUCUGGGGUAAGCAUUCAGAACUUACUACCAAAGGUACCGUCAUGUUGACCGAUAAAGCCACAGGGGAAGUAUUCACUUGGACUCAUCCAACCAUGUUGGUGAAGAAUAUUAUUGCUGGUGAAACUUAUGCUGAACCAAGUGGAACUAUGACUAUCAAGUCUACUUCUGGGUACAAGGCAGUGGCUGAAUUUAGUAAAGGUGGUAUGUUUAGUGGUAGAUCUGAAGGUGUGGUUGUUAAAGCUUUCGAUCACGAAAAGAAGGAGGUUCCAUAUACAGUUACUGGUAAGUGGACUGAAUCAUUCACCUUAAAGACCAACACCACAGAAAAAUGUAUUUGGGAAGCUGGUGAUUUAUUGCCUCAGGCUGAAAAGAAAUUUGGAUUCACUGCAUUUGCUGGCAGUUUGAACAAGAUCACUGAAAUGGAAAGAGGUCAACUUGCUCCUACUGAUUCCAGAUUGAGACCAGAUUUACAACAAUUUGAAAAGGGUAAUGUUGAUGAGGCUGAAGAAUUGAAGCUCAAGCUUGAGCAGGACCAAAGAGUGAGAAGAAAAGAACUCGAAGAUAAAAAGGAAGACCACGUUCCUAAGUUUUUCAGAUUCUCCGGUAAUGGUGAAAUCGACGAAGGCGAGUGGGAAUAUAUUCAAGGAGAAAAGAGUUACUGGAACAGGAGAAAGAACCAAGAUUGGGAUGAUUUGCUUAAAUUAUGGUAGCUACACAUCAUAUAUAAGUUUAUAUUUUAUUGGAAUUUUUCUUUCACU